AUGACAAGAAAGGACGGGAAACCAGCUGCGAAGUUCAAUGCACCCGCAAGGCCCACCAACCGCGGAAAGAAAGCAAACAGCGCUCAAGAGAAGCGGCAGAGAAAAUAUAGAUUAUCUUUAGGCGGCAACACUGAGAGUCAAAAGACCCUCACUCAAAUCAACUUUGUGGGCUUGCCCAAGUGCGACCUUGGCGACCUGGAAUAUAUCGAAGAAGAGCCCGAAGAAGAUGAGUCUACACUGCGGGUUCUACCUCAGAAUCGAAAACAGAGAGGGCUUUUGGGAGCCAAAAACCCACGUUUGGUUGAGCCCACAGACAAUACCACUUUAACUCAGAUGGGGUAUGUCCUUACAGGAAAUGGCAAUGAUGAACAUGAUAUCGGUCUUCCCUUGGAAACCACUCGAUGCUGCUCGCCCCAAAAGCAAUGGAAAAGUUCCAGCUAUGCAUUAAAAGUACGCAGUGAGGACUCGGAAUAUCGCCCUUUUGCUCGAGUGGCUUGUGCCCUGAAUAACAAGAAAACAAAACUUAGGUGGGAUCGAGGGAACGGCUACAAUGACAACGUUAGUACUUUGGGCGUCACGUCACACUCUAUGGCCUGCAACAAGCGGGGGGUUGACGAUAGCCAGAGGCCACAGAAUCCAGCGUUUAACGCACCGGAUGUGUUAUCCCAGAACACAAGUACCUUCCCUGUAUCCCCUAUAACCCCUUUGAAACUACAAGCUGGCGCCGUUCCAUCUUCCCAGUCGCCUGAAAGCCCCGGAAAUACCCCCAGUUGUAUCAAAGGGUCGAGUUAUUCCAUAUUGGAGCCUGAUUGCUCUUCUAGGUUAGACCCUGAAGGCCAUACUUCUCAUCCCCCUUCGCCUUCUCCUACAAGGUGUUCUAAAGUUCCCUGCCAAGUGGAGUUCUCACUUCCUACCGAUUUGACCAUAGAACCGCUUUCAGGCAUUUUAAGAAAAGAGUUACGAUCGGUUCCAGAAUGUCUCCCUACUUCGUCGUUGCCGUCUGCGUCGGCUUUGUCCUCUUUCACUAAUUGUACCCCGGGAAAGACAGUGCCGACACGUACCAGGUCUUCCUACAGAUCUGUUUCAAAGGCCCUUGUCGACGAAGAGAAAAUAGAAAAGGUUAUCCUUGAUACUGACUGCGACUCUGAACCCGAUUCCCAACAAUCUACAGCUAGCCUGACCGCCAUCCCAGCCGAGCCAGCUAAUUUCUGCACUCCAAUUCAGCCUAACCCUGGUGAUCCGGCUGUCACGGAUGGGAACUACGCUGCUGUAAACUCGGUGGUUGAUCCAGAUGCCUCUCAGCUAUACGUCCGACCCCGGGCGAGUUACUCAUACGAGAAGUACAUGGGGAUUUUGGGGCCCGAAAAAUUAGAUAACGUAUCUGGAAUCAAUACUGGUAUUCAGCUCAGCCUUGCCGAAUGUCCUAUUCUUAGCCCCACCCAUAGCCGCAACGCUUCGACCAUAAAGCAUUCAACACUCAACAACGACACGCCUACUGACUCCAUGCCUGGCAUACAUGCCCUUCAAUCACUCUCGUCCUCCAAUCUGAUUACGCCUCAAUUAGGUUCCAGUUCAACUGGAUUGGAUAGCUACGAGCUGCAUACUGCUCCUUUGUUGACUAUCACAGAAAGUCAACUAAUACCUAGAAGCUUGAUGGAAAAUGUACCAGAGCCACCUGGUUGGGAGCCCAGACAUACUUUGAAGUAA